AUGGCUACGUCUGCCCAGCUUGCGGAAAAAUCAAGACGAGACGAGCCAGGCCUCUCAGGCUUCGCCACUCCUUCUCAACUUGCGGAGAAGUCACGGCAAAAUGCUCCACCUCCUCUGCCACCUCGAACAGCGUCCGCGCCUGCUCCCCCGCCCUACUCCGCAGACGAUCAGAGAAGGAGCCAGUUGAUAUCCGAGCAAUGGCGCUCUCACGAUCCAAGAUCUUCCUCGACGCAUUCCUUGGUACCAUCAGAGUCAGGCAGAGAUGGCCGGCGAACUCUGCUGCUGAUUUAUAUCCAUGGGUUCCUGGGGAAUGAAACCAGCUUCCAGAGCUUCCCAGCACACGUCCACAAUCUCCUCACGAUCACCCUCGCAGACACUCAUGUGGUCCAUACUAAAAUAUACCCAAGAUACAAGUCAAGGAAAGCAAUCGAUUUCGCCAGGGAUGAUUUUAGCACAUGGCUCGAACCAAAUGAGAACCACUAUACCGAAGUUAUUCUCCUGGGACAUAGCAUGGGAGGAAUAUUGUCAGCGGAAGUUGCUCUUCAAAGGCCUCUAACUCCAGCCACUGGCAAACCAUUUCGUCAUCGAAUACUGGGAACCAUCAGUUUUGAUACACCGUUCUUGGGUAUGCAUCCAGGUGUGGUGGUGAGUGGUAUUGGGAGCCUCUUUCGUCCGGCUCCAGAGCCUCCUGGAAAAACCAGCCAGUCCUCAACUAGUGGAACGAACACUCCAUCAAUGAACAGCCAGGCCUCGGUUUCUUCGCCCAGCUAUGCUCCCUCCGUAGCAGAUUCGGAGGUAUCAUUACAACCAAGCCUUAUCCAAAGCAUUACAUCCCCCUUAGCCAGUCCACCCGAUGAUCCAUAUUUUAAUCCACCUUUCCCAAACGAUGUGCGGUUAGCAGAACGAAAGGGGUGGUCUAACGUACUACAUUUCAUCAAUAAGCAUUCGGAUGGACUUACCACUGCAACAAAGCAAUAUUUCAUGUCCCACUUAGAAUUUGGAGGGUGCUUAGCAGACUAUCCUGGGCUCAAGAGUCGAUAUGAGAAGCUUCGUGGGCUUGAGGAUGUGAAUGAUCUCGCCCAGAGAAAUCAACCCGGCUAUCAACCUCCAAUUAGACGAAUUCGAUUUGUCAACUACUAUACGGCAAGCACUGGAAGACCAAAACCACCAAAGCCCCUAAAACCUAUUGAAGUGGAGAUGCAGGAUAUGAGUCUCACACCGCAAAGUACCACCCGUUCAAGUAGUCGCUCUCCUGCAUCUACACCGAAGAUUUCGGUCGAAGAGCACAGCGAUGGUGCCAUUACCCCGCAACCACUUGAAGAUGGUCCAAAUGCCUCACCGGUUGAAGCACAAAUGCAGGGGCUCGGAGAUAACUCGGGUGUGCAAAACGAUAUUCAGGAACCGCCUGAAAUGAGGCAUAUUGACUCGAUUCCGAUCGAAGAGGACGAUGAACCGGAAUCCUUGACCAUGGCAAGUACCACCGAAGCGUCGGAAGAGCCGAUGAAUAAACUCAAGUCUACUCCCUCCGAACCAGCUUUACCCCGAAUUCCACCUGUUCCAACCGAGCCCGAGGCAAUCGAUCUCACUGUCUACACUGAUAAGGACUCUCGGAAGAUCGCCGAAAAAGAGCAAAAGCGUAUCAUGAGAGCAUACCAACAAGCAGUGAAAGACCGAGAAAGUGCCAUCAAAGACCGCAAGAAGUUGAUUGAGAAACGCGAGAGGAAGGCCCAACAGGGGCGAGAGAAGCAACUGAAAGCAGAGGAGAAGCAAAGACUGAAAGAAGAAAAGGAAGAGGAGAAGCGGCAGGCGACCAUCAAUCCUGAACCACCAAAGGAGCGACAAGCGUCGGUUGCAUCGUCAGUACAAUCUGGGAAGCCGAAGAGAGACAAGAAGUUCUGCAUGCUUCCACCCGAACAUGGCGGCAAGAGAGACAAGUGCUGGAUCAGAGUAUAUAUGGAGGGGGUCGACGAGGUCGGUGCACAUUGCGGACUCUUCUUCCCAGGUCCACAGUAUGAGAGCCUAGUUGGCGAUGUGGGCGAGAGAAUCAGUAAAUGGGUUGAAGCGGACGCUGAAAGAAGAAUGAUCCUUGGCACCGAAUGA